AUGCUUUCUUCGAGUACAUGGGUCCCAAGAGGCUUUGCAAGUGAAUUCCCAGUUCAGUACGAACUGGAUGAUGAAGAAAUGGAGAGAAUCAACAAGUUGGCUCAAUUAGAGAUCAAUGAUGCUAAACAAGAAUUGGCUGAAGAAGAGGAGGAAACUACAUCUUCAAACAAAUUAACUGAUCAAUUUGAAGUUGAUGAUGAUUUGAAAGAAUAUGACUUGGAACAUUAUGAUGAUGAUGAAGAUGAAGACGAUGGUGCUAGAGUUUCAAUGUUGCCAGGUUUAUCAAAUGAUGCAGAAUAUCAUGAAAAUGAAGAUGGUGAAGAUCCUUAUAUUUCAUUACCAAACCAAGAUGAAGUUGUUCAAGAUAAAAAAGAAUCUCAAGUUUACCCAACUGAUAAUCUAAUCUUAAGUACUCGUACUGAAGAUGAUAUUUCAUAUUUAGAUAUUCAUGUUUAUGAUGAUGGUGCUGAUGAAUUUGCAGAUCCAGAAGUUCCAACUGGUCAUGAACGUCCAAAUGCUCUUUAUGUUCAUCAUGAUUUAAUGUUACCUGCAUUCCCAUUAUGUGUUGAAUGGAUCAAUUUUAGACCAAAUAAUGCUGAAAAUGAUGUUGGAAAUUUUGCUGCCGUUGGUACAUUUGAUCCACAAAUUGAAAUUUGGAACUUGGACUGUAUCGAUAAGGCAUUUCCUGAUAUUAUUUUGGGUGAACCUUCAAACCAUCCAUCUUUAAAGAAAAAAAAGAAUAAGAAAUCAAAACAUAUUACAACUCAUCAUAUAGAUGCUAUUUUAUCAUUAUCACAUAAUAAGUAUCAUAGAAAUAUAUUGGCUUCAACAUCUGCCGAUUCAACAAUAAAAUUAUGGGACUUAAAUACAGCUUCAGCUGCUAGAUCGUUAAAUCAAAUUCAUCAAGGUAAAAACGUUUCAAGUUCACAAUGGCAUCAAACUGAAAGUUCAAUUUUAUUAACUGGUGGUUAUGAUUCCAGAGUUGCAAUAAGUGAUGUUAGAAUUGCUCAAGAUUCUGAAAUGUCCAAAUAUUGGAAUGCUUUAGGUGAUGUUGAAAAUGUUAAAUGGAUUAAUGAAACUCAAUUUUUAGCUGGUAAUGAUCAAGGUGGUGUUUAUUGUUUUGAUAUUAGACAAGAAUCUAAACCUCUCUGGACUUUACAAGCUCAUGAUGCAGGUAUUUCCUCAUUGGAAGUGAAUCCAUAUGUUUCUGAAAUGUUGGUUACUGCUGCAAUGGGUGAAAAAGUUGUUAAAUUAUGGAAAAUGCCAACAGAGGAAGGUAAAGGUCCAUCAAUGGUAUUAUCAAGAGAUUUUGGCGUUGGUAAUGUUUUAACAACAAGUUUUGCCCCAGAUUUAGAAGUUGCAGGUAAUUUAGUUGUUGGUGGUGUUAAUAAAGGUUUGAAAAUGUUUGAUUUUUUUUCAAAUAAAGCUGUUAGAACUAAUUUUAAAGAUCAAUUGAAGGCAGUACAACAAAAAGCAAGAGAUGAAGCUAAAGCUCAAGGGAAAGUUGAUUCAAGAAUAGCAAGAAAGUAUCAAGGUGAUUAUAGUGAAACAAUGUUACAAGUUGAAGAUGAUGAUGGAGAAGAUGAAGAUGAUGAAGAUGAAGAAGUUGAAGAGUAA